GACUGUAUUUCCUGGAUGCCACCAGUGACAGCCCCUCCAGGUCUGGCUUUUUGGUCUGCAGUAUUGGUUCCAUGAGUUCAGCCAUAAGCAAUUUGCAAAAGCUUAUUCAGGAUCUUCUGCUGUGCUCAUUCAUGAAAAUCCGAGGGGGAAACUGCACGCAGACAGUCGAAUUCAGCUUAAUGGGGUUCGCAGGAAAUCCAGAGCUUCAGCUCGCCCUUUUCACGGCCUUUCUGGUAGUUUAUCUCAUGACUUUGCUAGGGAACCUGGGGAUAAUCAUAUUAAUCAGGACCAGCCCUCAGCUCCACUCCCCCAUGUAUUAUUUUCUGGGCAAUCUGGCUUUGGUAGACCUCCUCUACUCCACAGUUGUCACCCCCAAGCUAUUGUCUGACUUGGUCAGGCAGAAGCCCCUCUCCUACGUGGGAUGUGUCACCCAGGUUUUUGUGUUCAGCAUCUUCCUGGUCACCGAGUGCUUCCUGCUGGCCACGAUGGCCUAUGACCGCUACAUGGCCGUUAGUCACCCGCUGCACUACUCGGUCCUUAUGUCCCCGAGGCUCUGUGUCCAGCUGGUGGGUGGCUCCUACCUGGCCGGGCUGCUGAAUGGCAUGGGGCAGACCAUCGGCAUGCUCAACCUGUCCUUCUGUGGCUCCGUCGUGGUCAACCUGUUCUUCUGUGACCUCUCUCUGCUGGCCUCUCUCUCCUCAUCCGACAGUACUCUCACUUCUCUUAUCAUGACAGUGCCGACAUUUUUAUUCGGCGUCUCCAGCAGCCUCAUUGUGCUGGUCUCCUACAUCGCCAUCGUCUCCACCAUCCUGAGCAUCCGCUCAGCCGAGGGCAAGUGCAAAGCCUUCUCCACCUGCGCCUCCCACCUCACCACCGUCAGCAUUUUCUACGGGAAUGGCCUCUUUGUUUAUUUAAAGCCAAGUUCGCUCAAGUCGAGAGAAGAAGACAAGUGGGUUGCAGUGCUCUACACCGUGGUGACCCCCAUGCUGAACCCCCUGAUCUACAGCCUGAGGAACCAGGAGGUGAAGGAGGCUUUGAGGAGACUCAGAGCCAGGAAAAGAACAUGAAGAGUGUAAAUAAAUGAGGUUGUAAGUUAUGUGACCAGUGUGUUUGGCAUUUACCGUAGCAGAUUGGCCUUCAAUUUAUUUAUUUAUUAUGUAUUUAUCUAUCUAUCUAUUUAUUUAUUUUGUAUGUGUGUGUUUGCUACAGCAAAUUGUGCAAU